CCGGCUUUUUUUCUGCUUCCCCCAAAGCUUGCCGAGAGGAACUUGUUUGUGAGUGGAACAUCGCGAAUCAUUGUCCGAGCUUGUCUCAUUUGUGUGUGGUUUCGUUUUUCCCUCCUGGCCUCCAUUGCCUUCUAUAUAUCUCCACCUCAGCAACAACCCGCGAUCCUCCCCGUCGCAUCCUCUCCUCCGAUCCUCGACAAUCCCUCUCACAGUCCUUCAAAAUGCUCUCAAGAAGUAUAGCCACCGCCGCCCGCAUGGUGCCCGCCACCAGGGCGCUGAGGCCCCGUUCGCACCCUCUCGUCAUGCUUCCCUCCAUGAUGCAGACCGUUCGCACCUACGCCGAUUCCGUCAUCAAGGUUCCUCAGAUGGCUGAGUCCAUUUCCGAGGGUACUCUCAAGCAGUUUUCCAAGAGCAUUGGCGAUUAUGUCGAGCAGGAUGAGGAGAUCGCUACCAUCGAGACCGACAAGAUUGACGUUGCUGUCAACGCCACCGAGUCUGGCACCAUCAAGGAGUUCCUCGUUGCCGAGGAGGAUACAGUUACUGUCGGACAAGACCUUGUUCGAAUUGAGCUUGGAGGCGCGCCAUCCGGUGACAAGAAGGAGGCCCCCAAGGAAGAGUCCAAGGAGCAGCCCCAGAAGUCCGAGUCUGAAUCAAAAUCCGAAUCAAAACCUGAGCCCAAGCAGGAAUCCGCUCCUGAGCCUAAGAAGGAGUCUGCUCCUGCUCCCAGCAAGCCCGAACCUCCCCGACAGGCCGAGAAGAAGGACUCCAAGCCACAGUCUGCCGCUUCCAGCGGUCCCUCUAUGGGUAACCGAGAAGAGCGCCGUGUCAAGAUGAACCGUAUGCGCCUUCGAAUUGCCGAGCGUCUCAAGCAGUCCCAAAACACGGCUGCUUCCCUGACCACUUUCAACGAGGUCGACAUGUCCAACAUCAUGGAGUUCCGCAAGCUUUACAAGGAGGACGUUCUUAAGAAGACUGGCGUCAAGCUUGGUUUCAUGAGUGCUUUCUCUCGAGCCUGCGUUCUUGCUAUGCGCGAUCUCCCCGCCGUCAACGCCUCCAUUGAGGGACCCAACGGCGGUGACACCAUCGUCUACCGCGACUACGUCGAUAUCAGCGUGGCUGUCGCCACCGAGAAGGGCCUCGUUACCCCUGUCGUCCGAAAUGUCGAAUCUAUGGACAUGAUUGGCAUUGAGCAAUCGAUUGCCGAUAUGGGCAAGAAGGUUGGUCGCAAUUCUGACACGCUCACUCACAAGUAGACUGGUGACUGACCAUGUGUUGACAGGCUCGUGACAACAAGCUUACUAUCGAGGAUAUGGCUGGAGGCACCUUCACCAUCAGCAAUGGCGGUGUUUUCGGGUCUCUCAUGGGCACUCCCAUCAUCAACCUCCCCCAGAGUGCUGUUCUUGGCCUCCACGCUAUCAAGGAGCGCCCCGUUGCUGUUAACGGCAAGAUCGAGAUUCGACCCAUGAUGUAUCUUGCUCUCACUUACGAUCACCGUCUGCUGGACGGCCGGGAGGCUGUGCAAUUCCUUGUCAAGGUGAAGGAGUACAUUGAGGAUCCCCGAAGGAUGCUCCUGUAAGAGACAUCACUAAAUGUCAAGCUACUUAAUACCCUAUAGCAUGUAGUCAAUAGUCUUGUCGAAGAAAUUCGAGGCGCCUGGACUAUCAUCUAUUGUAUACUAAACAAAGAUAAAGUAUGGAGCAUGCACAUUCUCUUGCCAAUGUUGAUAAACAUGGAUUUCAUCAUAGUGGUAUAUCCUAGUUGCUUCUGUGUGGAGAACUUA